AUGGCGUCACGUGACCGCACCAACGAGUUUCUGCAGUAUCGUAGCGUUCGGCCACGGCACCCCGACGCGCAGCGGCUGCUGGAUGAGGAGGAGCAGCUGCGCAGCGUCUACGUCACGCCGCUGUGGGUGGAGAAGAUGGACGACGUCCGCGCCAUAGAAAAGAGGAUCCAGGACCAGAUGGAGGUCCUCGAGGGGCUGCGGCGCAACCACCUCAAGAUUGAGUUCAGCUCCGCCCGGGAUGAGGGCGAGGAGGAGGUGCGGAUUGAGCGCGCCCAGAACGUCAUUGAUAGCCUCUUCAAACAGUGUGAGAAGGUCGUCAAGGAGCUGGAAACCGCCUACAUGCGCGACCUCCCGGAUAGUGGCACCGAUGUGGAGCUGAGUAUUCUUCGCAACGUAAAAAUGUGCCUCGUGAAUGAGAUCAACAACAUCAGCAAGGUUUACCGCGAGCGGCAGCGGCGGUACAUGAUGGAUGUGAAGAAGCAGCAGGCGGUGGCCCAGCGGUGGGCGGGCGGCGAGCAUCAACGCGUCAUUGAGCAGCAGCUGGAAGCGGACGCCGUGAUGGAUCAAUAUCUUCAGAAGGGCAUGACACAAGAGCAGGUGGAGACCAUUUUGCUGAACCAUCAUAUGGUGGAUGAGCGGGUAAAGGAGUUUGACAGGAUAUAUGCGUCAAUCAAGUCCUUGCAUGACAUGUUUAAAGACAUGAACACCCUUGUCAUUGAACAGGGUGCCGUCAUUGACCGCAUAGACUACAAUAUGACGAUUACACACGCGCGCGUGCAAAAAGCUAGGGCGGAGCUGCAAAAAGCCGCCGAAUAUCAACAAGCAGGGGGUUUCAAAAUUUGUGUCUUGUUUCUAGUUAUUCUUAUCAUUGGCCUGCUGCUUGCCCUGCUCGUGAAGGCGAUGGUUUGA